AACGAGAAGAAAUAAACGCGUCGAAACUUGCAACGAAAAAACUCCGAUUUGUGUUCAAUUCUUAUAUUUGUGUAUUGUGUGUGUGAAAAUUGUGAAUAUUCAUAAUGAAAAUAAUUAAUUAAAUAUAUAAAUUAGUGCGGUAAAUAAAGCUGUGCGUUAGCUAAAAUGAUUAGUACGAUGGAUAAUCGGUCGUACGGUGCGAUUUCGAAGGCGUCCACCGCUGGUCGCAGCGACUUUACAGCGCCAGAAUUAACUCCUGAACAGCAGAAGCUGUUAAUUGAGCUACGACGAAAAAAGCAGGAACUUUUGCUGGAAAUUCAGCAAAUCAAAGAUGAACUCGGUGAGGUCGUAUCGGAAAUGGAGGCGCUGGACGUGCCCGAAGAAAAUAAACAUUCCAAUAAAGAGAAACAAAUGUCAAUUGGGCGGAAAAAGUUUAAUAUGGAUCCAAAGAAAGGUAUUGAAUACUUAGUGGAAAAUCGCCUGCUCCGACACGACCCCCAAGAUGUUGCGCAUUUCCUCUACAAAGGCGAAGGUCUCAAUAAAACAGCAAUCGGUGACUACUUAGGCGAGAAGAACGACUUCAAUGAGGACGUGCUGAAAGCAUUCGUAGCGCUGCACGACUUUACGAAUCUAAUAUUGGUGCAAGCUUUAAGACAAUUCCUGUGGUCAUUUCGGCUUCCGGGUGAGGCGCAGAAAAUCGACCGUAUGAUGGAAUGUUUCGCGCAACGCUAUUGCCAACUAAAUCCGGAUAUAUUCACAAAUACCGAUACGUGUUACGUGCUAAGUUUCGCCAUUAUUAUGCUCAAUACAUCGCUGCACAACCCAUCGGUUAAGGACAAGCCCACCGUUGAGCAUUUCAUUUCAAUGAAUCGCGGCAUUAACAACGGCGGUGAUCUACCCCGCGGCCUACUAGAAUCCCUUUACGAAUCAAUACGAACGGAACCAUUUAAAAUACCACAAGACGAUGGUAAUGAUUUGAUGCAUACAUUCUUCAAUCCAGACAAGGAGGGCUGGCUGUGGAAGCAGGGUGGACGUUAUAAAUCGUGGAAGCGACGCUGGUUCAUAUUGAACGACAAUUGUCUGUACUACUUCGAGUACACAACGGACAAAGAGCCCAGAGGCAUCAUACCACUGGAAAAUAUAUGUGUGCGCGAAAUACACGAUCGUAGCAAACCGCAUUGUUUUGAACUGUUCGCCACCGGUGGCGCUGAUAUUAUUAAAGCUUGUAAGACUGACUCCGAGGGAAAGGUUGUGGAAGGCAAACAUACGGUAUACCGCAUGUCGGCGGCAACGGAAGAGGAUCAACAAGAAUGGAUCAAACGUUUGACACAGUCGAUUAGUCAUAAUCCCUUCUACGAUAUAUUAGUACAAAGAAAAAAGAAGGCGCUUAGCAAAAGUUAGUAUCCGACGGCGGACAAGCAAACAAUGUUGACAAUCCAAAUGAUGGAUCUCAGUGCGCCUCGCCACCGCAAGAGCGAGGAAGAGAAACAGUGUCGUCGCUGUUGUCAACGUCAACGUCAACGCCGACAACAUAAACGCCGUCGUCGUGUACGCAACAUGCGCCGCCGCUCAAACAGCUGCAAUGUGAGAUAGAAAGCUUGCGUGUGACUCGACUGCGGCUGCAAUGCAUAUAAGGGAUAUUAAAGAAAAGACUGUGCUAGUGUUUGCGACGUGAAGCCAAAAGCACUUGUGUUUACGUAAUGUCGUCUGUUGCUGAUAACGACAAUGCAGUUGUGCGGCGGCCGGGCUGCGCAUGCGCAUACACACCAUGCAGCGUCUCAGCAUAACCUGGGGGGAAUAUAGUCGUGUAAAGCAAAGGCUGUUGUGUCGCGCGGUUUUUCAACUUCUAACCUAAAAUACUGUGCUACAUACAGUUAUAUGUUUGUAUGUCACGCGGGAAACCAGCUGUAACGUGUAAUAUUCAAAGAAAAUAAGUAUGUGAACGUUGUAAUUUGUAAUUAUUAGUCUAUAAAUAGUUUAUUGAGCUUGUCGAUCAUUUGUUCGUUCUUUUAAUGUCCUAUGAAUAUUGAAUUGUAACUACUUGAUCGCGCACAAAACGCAGUUGUCUUUAUUGUUGUGAUAUAAUUUAUAAUUUAUGCUUAAAAUUUGUAUUGUAUUAAAAAAAAUAGUUUUUUUUUGUUAAAGCAAUUAUGGGGUGUAGAAAAAAAACAAAAAACAAUAUAAUUUCUAAUUAGUAACAUUUAAUAUGAAUGUCAAGCAAACUACUUAUGUAUAUGUAUAUGGGAAGAGUAUCUAAAAACUGCUUAUUAAUGUUAUAUAUAGUAUAUUAGGGUGUCUGUUGUGACACAAGUUGGUUUUUUUUUGUAAACGAUACUUGAAGUCUCGGUAUUUGCCAUAAAAAGAAAGGUGGCAAUAUAAACAAGCGCUUGAUUUUCAAUUUAAAACAUGAAAAAAGUAUUUUUUCAUGAUUUUUUGAUAUUUUGUUUUAAACAAAUAAAUUUACAACAACGAUAAUUAACGAUAAGGUGGUCUUCUUAAUAAAAAAAUGUUUUUUGUUUUUAAUUUAAACUGUGCUAAAAUCAGAUUUCAUGUGAUUUUUUGGCAAUUUGUAUUAAAAAAGUUAAGCUAGAAUUCUGAAAAAGUUUUGAUCUAUUAAAAAAAUAUCUACUCUACAAAAAAGCUCUUAAUAAUUUUUUUCAUAAAACCACUCCUUCUUAAGUUAUAGGCAGUCAAAGCUAUACGAGUACUCCAAAUACACUGAGCCUUCAUACAAGUGAUUGAUGCAUUAUUUGUUACUCAUACGGCAUGGCGUACUGUUUGCAUAAAAUGUACUAGCAGAACUUUAACUGCGUAUAACUUUUAAAGCAAUGUGUUUAUGAAAAAAUGAUUCAGAGCUUUUUUGUAGCGCAGAAAAUUUUGUGUUAGAAUAACUCCCAUUUAAAGUAGUAGAAUUAUUUCCUUUGGAGACUAAAACUAUAUUGCAAAGAAUAACAAGAAAUCACAUAUAAAAUAUCUGAAGAAAGUGAUUCAGACAUUGCAUAAAUUCCAAAUAAAUCGCUUGUUUACAAUUGCAUCCUUAUUUCUACGGCAAAAGCUGUAACUUCAGCGUGCGUUUACAACAAAAUUAAACAAUUUAGUAAAUAACGAACACCCUUCAUAUAUACACAGAGCAACAUAUCGUGCGAAAGCUGGACUUUAACAGCUAUCUAAAGCGUAAUCAAGUUAAUUUUUAUGUAAAUCAAAGAAUUGUAAUUAAUUGUAUAGUAAAUAAGGUUUUGUUAAACACACACACACACGCAUGUAUGCAUGUUUUGUAAAAACAACAAACAGAAUAAAAGUAAUGCUCAGCAAUAAAUCUAGUUAGACAUGUACACACACCACACCAUAGGUUGUGUAUGUGUUUGUAUAUACAUAUAAAAAAUACAUAUAUAAAGAAAAUUUCCUUAAAAGUGCUCGAAUAGUCUACCUUACUACUUAAAAUAUGUAUGUAAUGUAAGUAAUAUGGAAAAGUGAAAUAAAAAAAUUAAAAAAAAAAAAUUUAAAAGAAAAACAAAAAAAAAAAAUCAGAGAAGGAGAAAAAAAAAUAAAAACAAAAAAUUAGAAAAGGAAAAAACAGGCAAAGAAAUAAGAAAACAAAAAUAAUAAAAGGAAAAAAACAAGAAAAGGCAAUAAAAAGUAAGGAAAGGUAACAAAAAACAAGAUUAGGCAACAGAAACAAGAAAAGAAGAAAAGCAAACGGAAAAAAAAUACAAGUAAAGCCCACAAAAAGCGAAACCCGUCAACCAGUCAAAGCAAGUUCUUCCAAACAUUGAUAUUAUAACGCGUCAACCAAAUGCUGCUCAUACGAGUAAGCAGUUAGUCAUACGAGUAGUUGCAACGGUGUAUGCUGACAUUUUGUAAAUAAACUGCAUUACUACUUUGUUUUUGUAGCAUGUUAGCCAACAGUUUGCGCAUGCGCAGGCAAUUUUCAGUGCUGCCGUGCGCGGUAAGCGAAUUUAUUUGUCACACCAAUCAAAUUUAAUGUAAAGAGGCGCUUGAAUACACGUAACUAACGCUUGUUCUUAAUUUUGUGAAGUAUUUAAAUUUAAAAAAAAUAAAAAAAUUUUAUUUUCAAAUUUCAAAAAACAAAUUAAAUAUUGAAAUUUCGAAAAAAAAUUAAAUAUUGAAAUUUCAAAAAAAAAAUAAUUUUGAAAUAAAAAAAUGCAGCUAAAAUAUUAUUCACAGCUUUGUGUUAUGCAAAAGUUUAAAAUUAUGCUUUUUUGUUGGAAAAAAUUCGUCUACCUGCUGCGUAACGCCUAAUUUGUGCUCAAGUAAUAUUUUUUGCGGAAAAACAAGUGGUUUAGGCAGGCUUUAGAGAAAUCAGCAGAAUAACAACACAUUUUUUCGGUAACUGAGAAUUAUAUGCUCAUGGUGGAGAGAGAUAGAGCAUAAUAAUAAUUUUUUUCACUAUCUAUUAGAGUCUAACAGUUGCGAGUAUAUGAUUUUUAAUGGAUAUAGCAUAACAGUUGCGAGUAUAUAAUUUUUUGUCGGAUAAAGUAUAAUAGUUGUUAAAACAUACUUUUUUGUUGUCAAAAAUUGCUACUACCAGCUGAUUGAUAAGCGCCUUUGUUUUGGUUCUGAAAAAAUAGUUUUUCGAAAAAAUCUACUUUAAUGAAAAAUGCAGAAUAAUAACGGUUUUUUUUGUAACAGCGAAGCAUUUACUCAUGUUGAAGCGAGAUAGAGCAUAAAUAUUUUUUUUUUCGCUAGCUGGCAUAUGAUUUAUCUUCAGCAAUUGUUUUUUUCAAAAAAAAAUUUUCGAUUUUUUUUCAAAGCAUAGUGAAAGUAAAAAAAGUAUUUAAAAUGGCAAAUAAAAAUUAUAUACUAAAGGUUUAUUUUUGUUUAUAUGAGUUUGAAUCAGGGUUGCAAAUAAUGCACUAAAUAAAUAAUUCAAUUAAAAUUUAAAUUAUAUAUAUUUUUUUACUUUGUGAUUUUGAAAAUCUUAAUUAAAAAUAAUUUUAAAAUUUCUAAUGCCGAAUACCGAAUAAAAAAAAAAUUUUUAUACCAAAAUCGAAAUUAAAAUUUGAGAAUUAAAUUUUUGGUGCCAACAUCUUGUAUUGAAUAUUGAAAAUCUUAAUUAAAAAUAAUUUUAAAAUUUCUAAUCCCGAACACUGAAUAGAAAGAAAUGUUCAUACCAAAAUCGGCGUGAAAAAUUGAAAAUUAAAAUUUUGAUCCUAACACCUUGUUUUUAAUAUUGAAAAUAAAACUUUAAUCUUGAAAAUCCUAAUAAAAAAGAAUUUCAAAAUUUCUAACCGCGAAUACCGAAUUGAAAAGAAAUUGUUUUUCCAAAUUUGACAUAAAGUAUUGAAAAUUAAAUUUUUGGUUCCAACAUCUUGUAUUAAAUAUUGAAAAUAUAAUUCUAAUCCUGAAAAUUUUAUUUAAAAAGUAAUUUCCAAAAUUUCUAAUACCGAAUACGGAAUUGAAAAAAAUGUUUAAAUUGAAAAUAUAAUUUUUGGUGCCAACAUCUUCUAUUUAAUAUUGAAAAUAUAACUUUAAUCUUGAAAAUUUUAAUUAAAAAUAAUUUUAAAAUUUCUAAUCCCGAAUUGAAAAAAAAAUUAUUCCAAAAUCUGAAUAAAUGAUUAAAAAUUAAUUUUUAAGCUUGUUAUAAAUAUUGAAAACAUAAUCUCGAAAAUCUUAAUUAAAAAUAAUUUUAAAAUUUCUAACCCGAAUACCGAAUUGAAGAAAAAAAAUUAUUUCAAAAUCGGUAUUCUAAAUUGAUAAUUAAAUUUUUGGUCCCACCAUCUUGUAUUAAAUAUUGAAAAUAUAAUUUUUUAUAAAAAACUUAGUUUAAAAAAUGAAAAUCUAAUACUUAAUCCAAAGUGGUUUAGUUAAAAAAUUGCAACCCUGAAAGUAAUAAUAUUGUUUCUCUGCAUUAACAACAAAUGUAAACAAAUAGCUGAGCAAAAAAAAAUUCUCUUUUAUGGUUAUUUAAAAAUUAUUAUUUUUUUUAGGUAAGACUUGUGCACAAAAGAGAAAUAUAAAAAAAUUUAAAUUAUUUAAAAAUUCUUAUUUUUUAGGUUAUUUAAAAAUUCUUAUUUUUUUAGAAUAUUUCAAAUUAUUUUUUUCUUUUUUUUUAAUUUUUAAUUUACCUAAAAAAUUAUUUAUGCAGAAAUUUACUUUGAAACCCGUUAGAAUUACUCAUAAUUAUCAUUAAAAAUAAAUAAAAAUAUAAAAAAUUGCAUAUAAACAACAAUAAAUUAUUAUCAUUUGCCUUUUCACGCCAACAAAGAAGUAAAAUUUUGUUGCAAAAUCGUCCAAAAGUGAAGUGAAAUAGUCUUAUAUAAGAAACCGCCCACAUAGCAACAAACAAAACAUCACAACGAAUGAAUAUACAACUAAAUUUUCUAAAAAAUAACAAAAA